UCCAGCUCUUGGCUAGAGAUGAACAACUUUAUUGGAGACCUGAUGGCUUCUAGUGCAUCCAGCUCUGCUCAGUUGCUGAAAUUUCCAAACCAUCAAUCUCUCCGUGUUGCUUGGGGAACCGCAGGACCUGAGACAACAGCAGCCAGAUCUUUUCACCAUGGCCACAGUGAGCCAGUCAGCCAGAUCCAACAAAAAAACAUGACAGGAACCAGUCUACAGUCUGCAGAGACGAUGAGGGGGUCUGCAGAAUGUGGUGACCAACAAUUUCAAUCAAAUGCCUGCACAUGCCCAGGCUGUCCUCUUUCCCUAAAGUCCACCACUGCAUCCACGCUGCAUUCACUUUGCCCAAAACCCAGAGAUACCCCUUCCUCCCAAACGGAGACAGCAAAAGAAUCCGCGUCACAGUCCAAGGACCCUAGCUCAGUUCCACUAGGCCUGGGCUCGUGUCUCAGCCUGGCUCUUUCUUUGGAAGACAGGAACAGUGAGCCAAGUAGCACCUCUAAUCCAGAUCACCAGGACAAAGGCACAAGCACUCACAGCCCUACACCUGCCUCCAACUCCAGCCCCCAGAUUUGCCCUACCCCCGUCCAGGCCCUGUCCUGCUUCUGCUGCCACCGAGACCUCCAUCUGUGCUCUCAUCUCCUGCAGUCGCCCGAGACCCACACUCACUCGCACCACCACUACUACCACCACCACUGCCCACUCACUGCCUGCAUGUGCCAGCGCUCCUUCACAGCCUGCAGACAGCAAGAGGGCCACCCGUCCCACCAGCACCCAUGCAUGCACUGCUCAGAGUCAUUCAUUCGACCCUCGCAGCUGCUCCAGCACCAACGCACUCAGCACACCGCCAAGGCCGGGGGCUUCCUGUGCCGCGAGUGUGGUCGCGUCUUCAACUCGCACAGCAACCUGCGCGUCCACCUCAACGUCCACACAGGCGCACGGCCCUACGUGUGCUCCGAUUGCGGCAAGAGCUUCAGCCAGUCAGGUGCACUCAAAAUCCACCAGCGCAUGCACACGGGAGAGCGGCCGUACACCUGCACGUACUGUGGACGGGGAUUUCCUCACCUAGCUGGCAUCAGGGCACACCAGCGGACUCACACCGGUGAAAAACCUUACCGAUGUCUGCAGUGCGGCAAAGGAUUCACACAGUCUGGUGCCCUUAAAGUCCACAUGCGAGUCCACACAGGAGAGAGGCCCUUCAUAUGUGGUCUGUGCGGCAAGAGCUUCUCUAACCGCUCAGCCGUCCGCUUCCAUCAACGCACCACGCAUGGCCUUAUCACCGAGCCCAACUCUGUAGGACGGCCCAGCCUGGCUAAAAGUGGCUCCGAAGCUCAGCAAAAUCAGGUUGGUCAGGAUAAGUCUGCUCAGCCAAUGGAUAACAGGAUCCCUAGCAGCAAAGCAAGCCUAGCGGAGGAUGAGGAUAGAAGAUCUCUAGCCUAUGCCUGUGAAGAUUGUGGUAUGCGCUUUCGGGAUGCUCCUUCUAGAAACAAGCACCAGGCACUACAGCACUAUUCCACUGAGGAGGAGGAGCAAAGGGAGAACCACAGAACAGAACAAGUAGCACAUGUGUCGAGGAAGGAUUUGGUCUAGUGAUCAUGUGACGGAGAUUAUGCCUGUACAGAUAGUAAGCAUUGAGUACUAUGACUGGUGGUUUGUAUUGGGUUACGCCUUUUUAUCAUUGAAGUUAGGUGUUCCAGCCACUCCAAUUGCUUUGUGGCAACAGUUUGGCGAAGACUGUUUCCAUAUUUGACGAGUUUGGUGUAGAGGAAAUUCAGUGGCCUGCAUACAGCUUUGACCUCAACCCAACCAAACACUUUUGGGAGGCCACACAAUGACAAAAGUGUCUGACCAUACUAAUGUGUUUUGACUCAAUGGGCACCGCUUCCCACAGAAAUACAGUAGACUCUUGACGUACGAAUUUAAUUGGUUCCAAAGGACUGUUCUUAAGUCAAAAUGUUCGUUAGUUAAACCUAUUUUUCCCAUAAGAAAUCACGUAAAUAGAAUUAAUCCGUGCCAGACCUCCCAAACCACCCCCUUACCUAACCUCUCUAAUGUCUUAAAUGGUCUUUUUUGUUAUAAAUACAAGUAUAUUUUCCCUGAAUCUUAAAUUAUAGAAUAGAUAAUACUGUAAUAAACAAUAACGAACAACAAUACACAGUAGUACUGUACAUAAAACACAUACCACUUUUCAGUACAGUACGUGUGCAGUACCAUACACCAUAAUACAUUUCCUUUUUUUUUAAAUAAAAUUUAUCUACCAGAAACAACAAUAACUCUCAUAUUUCUCUAUUAUUUCCAUCUUUAUUUCAAUAGUGUUGUAUUUUGUAGGUGUAAUUGCACGAAAGAAAGAAUACUUUAAUGAGCCGAAUUCCUUCUUCUCUCUCACUCACUGUCCCCUCUGUCUGAUACACAGUGACAGCUACUGGCAGGAGUAAUUAUACAACAACAUAUGUAAUAGAUUUUUAAAUUUUCUCAACACUACGCUUUAUUUGCACUUUCUUUGGGGCCAUUUUAAUAUAGAAUUUUACAAAAUAUAAAGAAAACAUCGGAAAAACACCGUCCUCUGUCCGAAUGUUUGCUCACUGUAUGUAUGUAUAGAGAGAGAGAGAAACGGUUGGAGUCAAUUUGUUCGUGACGUCACGUGUUUCGCAAAUUUCUGUUCGUAAUCCGAAAUUUGUUCGUACAUUAAGUUGAAAACCCGAAAUGUUCUUAUGGUAAACUGUUCGUAACUUAAGGGUCUACUGUAUACCAAAUUUUGUGGAAAGUGUUCCCAAUAGAGUGAAUGCUGUAAGAGCCAUAGUUUUGGAAUUUGAUGUCCAAAAGCUCAUGGUGAAGUGUUUAUAUAUUUUGCCCAUAGUGUAUUUUAUUAAAAUAUAUUUUUUUCCAGUAAUACAUUGACAUUUUUAUAUAAAAAACUGGUUCUAUUAUUAUUUGAAUUUGGCAAAAACCAGGUUUCUCAUUUUCAUGUGACACAUCUCCACAUAGGCAGAGUGUAAGAGUCUGAUUUAAAUAAUACAACACAUGCAUAAAUUUGCCAAAUAUGUUGAUUGAGUAAUGAAGAGGGCAGUUACUUUUCUACAAGGUGAUGAAUAGUGUUUAACUUGUAAAUGUACAUUUAAAAAUAUUUUAUGAAAAGUGUUUUUACUUUUGUGUACUAUGGUGUCUUGUUGGAUUUGAAAUCAUUAAGUGUGAAAGAUUUGCAUUA